CACACACUCUCACACACACACACACUCACACACACACACACUCACACUCGCCAUGGACAAAGUGAAAGUGAAAGUGCCAACACAAGUUCAUACGAGUUCAGAGUAAUAUGAGAUCGAGGCGGAUGAAUUCGGGAUCUGGUGGUUUGAGUGUCGCCAGUAAAAUGCAGAAUUAACAACAGUUAUCUGCAAAAUAUGCCUCCAAAUCUCCGCCCACUCCCAGGAGAUUCAAAAACAUCACAAUAUAACGAACAUGUUGAUAUUAUUUAUAGGCCGAAUGGCCGAGGCCCACACUGACCUGUAUGUUGUUUCAGAUGACACCAUCUCUUCGUCGUGGCGCCUCUCAGCUCACCCUCCUCUUCCUCACGCUCCUCUGCAGCCUCCCAUGGACGGCGUGCUCGUGCCCCCUCUCCCACGCCGCCGCCUCAGAGGACGGAUCCAACGACCCGCGGGACGACGGGCUCGUCCGGCCUGAGGCCCGGGCCGGGCGGCAUCUGGACCCUCUGCGAGCCCUGCUGGAGCCGGGCCGGGGGGCGGGGGAGGCGCUGCCCAGAGCCCAGAGAGGAGACCUGACGGCCCGGCCGCUGUCGCCCUUCCCCGGGAGUCACUCCCUGGAGAGCUCGCACUAUCAGUACGGAGGAGAAGGGGAGGACGGCGGGAAGAGGAACGACGCCCUGACCUCCAUCGCCGGGGGACUCCAGGCCGUCAACCGGGAGAAAGGGGGAUUCGGUUUCCGCUUCGGGAGGAAAAGAUGGACGGACCGGGGAUGGAGGGACGAGGGGAGGGGGGGCACACAGGGGGACAAGUAGAACUGAGGACGGAGGGCUUUUAUAGAAAAGGGAGAAGAAAAAUACCAUGACAUAAAAACAAACAUCACAGGUUUUCAACAUGAUUCUACAUGAAGCGCUUGUUUUACAUUUGGGAACAAAACUACUCAAAGGAAAAUAAAAAGUCGUAAAUAAUUAAAUGAUGUCAUUUUUAUUUUUUUCCCUCCGAAUCAGAGAACAGAGAAAACGGUGGGACGUUUAUUUUAUUUUAUGAAUGUACAGAGAGAGAUAAAGACUCAUCGUGGAACUUGUACAUGUCAAAGUCACAACAGUGAAAUAAUAAAUGUAAAUAAACUUUGUAAAUGUGUUAAUUUGUUGGCUCGGAUGUGAGCAACGAAUAAAGAGUGUAAUAAAAAACUCUCAGCACAGA